GUGGCAUCGUUGGAAACUGACCGUUCAACCUCGGGAGUUGAGAUUGCACAGCAUGGGGAUCCACGCCUUUGUGACGGGGCCACCGGGCAGCGGAAAGACGUCGCUGUGCAAGAAAGUGUGCGGGUUGCUACAACUAGAGCACCUGUCCACGGGAGACCUCCUCCGCGAACACAUUCGACUUCGAACCGAGUACGGCAAAGUGGCCAAGAAGUGCAUUGCCGCCAAGUCGCUCGUCCCGGACAGCGUCGUGAUUGACAUGAUCGCGGACUGCAUUGCCAAGCUAAAGGACUCGGAGGGCGGGUGGAUCCUCGAUGGUUUCCCUCGCACAGUCGACCAAGCCAAGGCGCUGCAAGUCAAAGGCGUGACUCCCAACGUUGUGCUGGUGCUAGAGCUGCCCUCGUCCGAAGUUCGAGGCCGCCUUGUAGGGCGGCGGUUCGAUCCUAAGACGGGAGACAUCUACCACGCAGCCACGAAUAUGCCUCGGGACCUCGACGUGGCCGCCCGGCUGGUCCACCGAGACGACGACACGCCCGAGAAAAUUCCGUCGCGGGUCGACGCGUAUGCGACGUACGGCCACGACACGAACCGAGAGUUCCUCGCGGUGGCCUUUCCCAUCGACGCCGACGCGUCACUGGGGGACGUGGUGGGGGACGCCGUGCAGAUUCUGCAGAGCCACAAGAUGAAAAAGCCAGCCAGUUCCAACCAAAGCCACAACAGAGUUAAUAUCAACAACAACAACAACCAGCGGAACCAAGACAUCGAGACCAAGCCCGCGGCGACAUCGUUGGCUGAGGUUUCCGCCAAGAAGUUGGAGCCCGAAGAGACCGAGUUUAGUCCGCCCAAGUCGACGACGGCCUUUCGGCGGACGAUUCCUAGCACCACGUUGGCGACUCCCACAGCCAACAAGAUCGAGCACGAGAUCCAACGCGUGGUUCUCCAUGAAAACCAACCAACAACCCCCCCAAAAACCGCCAUGGACGUGGUGACCAAGCAAGUGGACACGGAGAGGUUCAAGACGAUGCUCAUCUCUGGCUUUGACGUGAUCAAGCAUGGCCGCCGCGGAGCGCCGCACACGCGCACGCUAUUUUGCGACGUCGAGCUGAAGCGCCUGUUCUGGCAAAAACCAGACAAGAAGGAGCUCAAGGCCAAGCUCGACCAAAGCAUCGCCAUCGCCGACGUGAUCCAGGUCGUCCAAGGCAUCAAGACCGACGUGUUCAAACGCUCGGGGGACACGGCCAAGACGGAUCGGUACCUGUCGCUGAUCGCAGACGACCGCACGUUGGACAUUGAAGUCGCGUCAGACGAACUGUGCUCGCUACUGCUCCACGGACUGAAUGCCAUGUUAGUGUCGACUUAACCAUCCUACGGACGUACUUACCUACCUACCCUGGGUUGCAUAAUAAUCCUGUACUGUAUCUCGUAUUCUUGUCUACCCUCC